GGGGCCGGGGCACUUGUUCAGUGCGUAAGAUGCGAUAAGUUGCAGUGGCGCCGGAGUUCAUAUUCAAUAUUGAACGACAAUGACUACGUUGGGACCAUGGCUCGGUGGGCGUCGUGGAGGGUUCGACAAUGGCUUCUUUGGCGAUAUACGGAACCCUUUCGACUUGGGGUCCUCCGGCUGGGGCAAAGGUGACCGUGACGAUGAUACUUCCGUUCUCGCCCAGACUAACGUUGAUUGGCGCGAGACCGACAAUGCUCAUAUCUUCCGUGCUGAUCUUCCCGGGGUGAGGAAGGAAGAGCUGAAGGUCCAGGUGGAAGAGAACAACAUAAUUGAGAUAUGCGGGGAGCGGAGCAAGGAAGAAGAGAACAAGGGCGAUACUUGGCACCGAGUUGAGAGGCGACGCGGUAGCUUCAUGAGGCGAUUCAGGCUGCCGGAAAAUGCCAACAUGGCUGAGAUCAAGUGUAAGUUGGAAGAUGGAGUGCUCACUGUAACAGUGCCCAAGAAGGAGACGGAACCAGUGAAGAAGAAAGUUAGGGCCAUAGACGUAGCCUAAGCUGCUCUUGUAGUUUCUUAUAUAUACACUUACUAUGCGGUAUGCGCUAUGUACUUCGAUUAAAAUAAACGACUAAAAGAGUUACCCCAGUCA